AGGGGCUAUCUAGUUUUGUAGUAAUAGCGAACGGAAGUGAUGGUGCACUGUAGAGAGGGUAUGUGCAACAAAUUGAGCAACAGCAAAGUACUGUAAACUCAGUUUAGUUCCCACAUUACAGAAAUCAGACUCAUUCGACGCGCUUUAACAGGCUUUUUUGUCAAGAAAGUAACGCAGUAGAGCUGGUCAGGACCAGACGCUCACCAUGUCUGAUGGGGACUACGAUUACCUCAUCAAAUUCCUGGCACUUGGGGACUCUGGUGUGGGGAAAACCAGUUUCCUAUACCAAUACACAGACGGGAAGUUCAAUUCCAAAUUCAUCACUACAGUGGGCAUUGAUUUCAGAGAAAAAAGAGUGAUGUACAAGUCUAGCAGUCCUGACGGCACGUCGGCUAGGGGACAGAGGAUCCAUGUGCAGCUGUGGGAUACGGCAGGGCAGGAGAGGUUUCGGAGUUUAACCACGGCUUUCUUCAGAGAUGCCAUGGGCUUCCUCCUCCUGUUUGACCUCACCAGCGAACAGAGUUUCCUAAAUGUCCGAAACUGGAUGAGCCAGCUGCAGAUGCAUGCAUACUGCGAGAGCCCAGACAUUGUCUUGUGUGGCAACAAGAGUGAUCUGGGAGAGCAGAGGGCUGUGAGGGAGGACGAGGCCCGCGAACUGGCAGACAAGUAUGGGAUCCCGUACUUUGAGACCAGUGCAGCCAAUGGACAGAAUGUCGGCCAGGCUGUAGAUGUUCUGCUGGACCUGAUCAUGAAGAGAAUGGAGCGCUGUGUGGACAAGUCAUGGAUCCCUGACGGUACCGUGAGGACCAACGGAACCAGCAACCCAGACCUGGCAGAGAGCGCAGAGAAGGGCAAAUGUGCAUGUUAGGGUCCAGACUAGGGUCUAGACUAGGGUCUAUACCCAUAUGAGGUCUCUGUCCAUAAGUUAUAAAAAGUAACACUUUAAAAGGCGUGAUGUACUAAGAGACGAUGUCAUACGAAUGUUGAUGGGCCACUGACCAUGCCCCAAACCACUGGUCACACCCCCUGAACCACUGCAUUACCACUGUCGGUUCAGUCAGUUAUGUGCCUUUUGAAUGUUUUCAUUUGAAAUUGUUACUAUUCAUAUUAUUAUAAUGUUCAUUUUUAGAUUAUUUAACAUUUAGUGUACUUGCAAAUAAUUAUUUUCUUAGCUCCAGUAAGGAGGUAAGAAGCUACUCAAAUUUCUAUUUCUAGAAAACACUGGCCUGUUUGGGGAAAAAGCUACCACCAUUGCUAUAUUUUACUUGUCACAGUGCACUUCCUUUUAUUCUAGUUUAUACUGUGUGUGAAUGAGUUGGUUGAUUCACUGCAUGCAUGGCCUGCUCCACAGUAACAUCUAAUUAGCUUAGUAGUUUGGUCUCUUUCCUACAAUAUGUGUCACAGUAUUGGAAUCUAGGGGUGUAUUAGAAUCUCUAAAAUUCCUGUCUGCUGGUUGAAGUUAGCUUUCUGUUAUAUUUGAUCAUACAAUGUGCCUUUAAUAUUCUGUAUUAACUCAUACACUGUAUUCUUACCAAACAAUCUUUAUGCCAAAUAUGCAAAUCAUAUUCAGAAAAUAAAUGUAUUUUUAUUUAUUAAAACAAGUUUUGCACAAAGCUUUCUAUUUGAUCACCUAAUUAUUUUUUUUCAAUCGGUUACACAACACACUCCGAAAUGAAUUUCGUUUUAGAAUUGUUUCCUAGAUUUACAGUAGGGGGCAGGAUAUAGCAAAAUGUACAAACGGGUCGAUUUACAACAGAAGAAACCAACACGUUUACGGAAAUGCACUUACGUAAUUUCCUUUUGUUGAUCCACACCCUCGUGCUCUCAGAAAUUGUAUUUCUUUACUGAUGGGCAUGAAAUAAACUAACAACUUUUCAACAAUGCGAAUUGAAAAAUGUUAUUUUUGUUCGGGACCGGUGUAUCCCGGACACGGCACAAUGUUUGUACGGAACGACUGCAAGAAUUUCAGAUUUUGUAAAUCAAAGUGUCUCAAAAACUUCAAGAAGAAGCGCAACCCCAGAAAGACCAGAUGGACCAAGGCUUUCAGAAAAGCGUCUGGCAAAGAGUUAACUGUGGAUAACUGUCUGGAAUUCGAGAAGCGCAGAAAUGUGGCAGUCAAAUACCAGAGGGCUUUGUGGAGCAAGACUGUGGAGGCCAUGAAGGUGGUGGAGGGAAUCAAGCAGAAACGACAGGCGCGGUUCAUCUUAAACAGAUUGCGGAAGGGCAAGCAGCUGGAAAAGGAGGAGGCAAUACAAGAAGUAAAGAAGAACAUUCACUUGAUCAAAGCUCCUCAUGCAGGCAAAGCCAAGAUUAUGGAGGAAAAGAUGGUGCAGAAAUUACAAGAAGAUGUGGAAAUGGAUGAUUGAUUGGAUGCAGAUCAAAUUGGUUCUCUUAGCAAGUUCUCUGUUGAAUCGUUGAGACCUAGAUGACUCUUUUGGAGACUAACUUCAGAAAACACUCUAAACAUGUUUAGAUCCCCAGACUUCUUUUCAAACAGUGCCCAAUCCUGUAGGAAUAUAGAAGACUCCAGGAAUGACUAUAACCUGACCCACGGAAGCCAUGGUAUUAAAAACUUUCAAAACCAUGGAACUAAAUAAAAUGAUGUAUGUUGUCAAAUGCCGUAUUUGAUUAAAUCUUGUCCUACAAAA